AUGAAGAUACCACCAUCACCACCUCCAGACGCAGUCAAAUUCUGCGAAUUUGUCACUGCUUCUCCUACACCAUUCCAUGCAGUAUCCAAUUUAUCUACUCGAUUAUUAUCAAGUGGAUUCAAACCAAUAUUAGAACGAUCACCAGAUUUAUCAUUAUUCAAACCUGGUUCCAAAUUAUUCUACACUCGUAAUCAAUCUUCUCUCGUAGCUUUCACCUUGCCUUCAAAUGUGACUAAAGAGACUGCUAUAUCAUUUGCUGUGGGACAUUUAGAUUCCCCUUGUCUGAAACUCAGACCUAUAUCGAAAAAAUCGAAAGCUGGUUAUUUGCAAGUUGGAGUUGAAUUGUAUGGUGGUGGAAUUUGGGCUUCUUGGUUUGAUCGCGAUUUAUCUAUAGCAGGAAGAGUUAUAGUUGCCAACAACUCCAAUUCCAAAUCUUUGAAUGGUCCUGGUUAUAUUUCAAAAUUAGUCAAGAUCGAUAGACCUUUAUUGAGGAUACCAACAUUAGCUAUUCAUUUAGAUAGAACGAUUAAUGAAGCCUUUAAAUUCAAUAAAGAGACUGAAUUCUUACCUAUAUCAGGUUUAGUAGCAGAUCAACUGAACAGUAAUAGUAACAAUAACGACGAUGGAACAAAUAGAUCAGGUAGAGGCACUCCACAAGCUUUCAGUGGAAAUGCAACUCCUGUAGAAAGGGAAGAAGACAUCUCGAGAAUGGAAGAAAAACAUCAUCCGUUAUUAUUAGCUGUAUUGGCGGAUGAACUAGGAUGUGAAGUUGCUGAUAUUCAAGAUUUCGAAUUAUCCCUUUUCGAUACUCAACCUUCCACAGUCGGUGGAUUGUCAAACGAGUUUGUCUUUAGUCCAAGAUGUGAUAAUCUGAUGACAUCAUUUUGUUCCAUUGAGGGUUUGUGCGAAGCCGUUGACUCCUCUUCGAGCGACAACAAUAUCCGAUGCGUAAUCCUCUUCGAUAAUGAAGAAGUCGGAAGUGUCUCGCAUCACGGAGCCGAAUCAAACCUACUUCCGUCGUUCGUAGAACGCAUAGUCUCUUUGCCAGAUUACGAGAAGAUAGGCUACCAUAAUAUCUUGGCAAACAGUUUCUUGGUUUCAGCAGAUAUGGGUCAUGCUGUAAACCCCAAUUACGAAAACAGAUAUGAACCUAACCAUGCACCUAGAAUCAACGGGGGAGUAGUCAUCAAGACAAAUGCGAAUCAACGAUACACUUCAAAUGCUCAAACUACAUUUUUAUUGAGAAGAGUAGCUAAGAAAGCUGGUGUACCCGUACAAGAAUUUGAGAUACGAAAUGAUUCAACAUGCGGUUCGACUGUUGGACCUCAUCUUUCCACGCAUGUGAGAACAGUCGACAUCGGUUUAGCCCAGCUGUCAAUGCACUCAAUUAGGGAAACUGCAGGCUCGAAAGACGUUAGAUAUUAUAUUGAUUUCUUUAAAACUUAUUUCGAUUGUCUGAGGGAAUUCGAUAUGGAUCUGAAAAUUGAUUAG